AUGGGGCCAUACGGUCAGCCGGGGUCAAAGGGCGAGCCAGGUCAUGAGGGUGAGAUUGGACUAAUUGGCCCUAUGGGUGAGCGGGGAACACCUGGGAACCCUGGGAACGACGGGAUAGGGUUGCCCGGCAAGCAGACCGCGACGCUACUGCCGGGUACCAGCUUCGAUCUCGAGACUGGCACAUUUACGUGUAGUGUGUCGGGCACCUACGUGUUCAUGUUUUCUAUGAACAAAUAUUCUUCCAGCAGCUCACUGUACGUCCAGCUCCGGAAGAACGACGACGUGGUUGUCUGUGGCUUAAGCAGUGCAAGUCACUGGGAGCCGAUGUCUGGGAGCGCGGUGCUGGUUCUGCAGCAAGGAGACACGGUGUAUCUUACCAUGCGUGGCAACCGUAGCUCCUCCUCAGCCUCUGACGACAAGCCGAGAGAGAGACCUAACUGUGAGAACAAGAAGAACGAGAUUUGCCAGAUGGUGGCUGACGCUUUAGCCAAACCAGUACCCUGA